CAUCCAAUCCACGAUGCCUAACUUCUUUAGUAAUUAAUAAUGUGAGGAAUAUACCUCACGCCUUCAUCGGACUUCACCUCCAGGAGCACGUCUGAUAACCCUCUUUACCUAUCCCACACAAAUUCAUUUCACACGCUACUAUCGCUCAUUGCAAUCAAGGACAGGAACAAUGCGCUGCUUUUCUUCGAUUCCAGAGUGUCUAGGCCUACUCUUCUUGAUGGGAAGUUCAAUUGGAACCCAUGCCGCAAACCUAGGCCGAGCUUACCCACCAACCGCAAUUGAUCAGCGCAGUGCCCAGGAAGUUGUCAAGCAGCUCAACCUCAUUCCCAACGAUGAAAAGGGAUACUACGUACAGACGUUCGAGGACCCAGACACAGUCACGUGGACCGGAAGCAACAGCACUCGGUCCGCUAGCACCCUGAUUUACUAUUUGCUCGAGGGCGCCGUAGGGUCCUCGUACUGGCACAAGGUUGAUACCGUCGAGGUUUGGCACUACUAUGCCGGCGCACCGCUGACGCUAUCGCUGUCAAAUAACGAUGGCACCCCAACCGUCAAUAAGGUACUAGGCCCAGAUGUGUUCAGCAAUCAACAACCCCAGGUAGUGAUCCCGAAGGGCACGUGGCAAAGCGCUUUGUCGAGCGGGAGGUGGACAUUGGUCGGAACUACCGUUGCCCCUGGCUUCGUCCCGGAUGGCGUGGAACUUGCACCCCCUGGUUGGGAACCUAAUGGUGCGGUGCAUAAGGACUCAUAAGAUGGCACUUGCGUGUAUGUGAAGACAUCAAUCUAGACAUGCUCCCGAUACUCGCGGAGGGUUUAGGUCGCAGGAAUAGUUACGUACCUACCUAGUUACCAAGAUGCAUGAGCAUAUU